AUGGACCAGUUUGGCCAAGGCCAGCCCGUCCAGUAUUCGUUAAUCGAAACGAACGGUGACUGGCAUAUGGCCAAGUGCUUGGAUCAUUUCAAGCGUGCGAACGAACACUGGCGGUUCGUCCGUAUUGUGAUCGUCGACAAGGACAUUCGCGAAGUCAAGGUGAUUCGCAAGAAGCUUCCCGAAGCUCGCAACGAGGAUGUUUUAGCGCAGAUGAAACACAUCACCAACAUGACUUACCCCAGGACAGAGGAGGGCUACCACAUGCAUCGUGGAGAGGUUAAGAGCCUCUCUUGCCAAGAUGAUCGUACCAAACUGUGGGAGUAUUUUGACAAGAACCGGAACGAUUGCUGCGAGAUGUGGGUGAAGGCGUAUCGAGUUGAUCUGCCUCACUUUGGCAAUCACACCAACAACCGCGUGGAGAGCCUAUUUGGUAAACUUAAACGGCAGCUUAAAAGUCACUUUACAAUGCAAGCUAGCUUAAAGGUGCUUGUGGACUACCAGCGACGCAAAGAGGAAGAGUAUUGGCCUAAGGUCGAGAUGCCUGGCACGGGACGUGUGCUACGCAGAAGAAAUGAAUGUUGCGCUGGGGAUGACAACACGUUGGGUCCCCCACGUAUUUGGUCAUAA